AUGCAGCACGCGGGCCUGAGCACGUGGGUGUGCAUGAAGCACGAGGGCCUGAGCACGUGGGUGAAUGGGGGGCGGCGUCCUUUGGAGGCUGGGAGCGAAGCGAAGCCGCGUGAAGCGCCGCGAGGGGUCCUGGACGCCUCAUCCCUGAGCUUCAACACCAGGCUGAAGUGGUUCGCCAUCUGCUUUGUGAGCGGCAUCUGCUUCUCCAUCCUCGGGACUGGACUGCUGUGGCUCCCUGGGGGCAUAAAGCUUUUCGCAGUGUUUUACACCUUUGGAAAUAUUGCCGCCUUAGCCAGCACAUGCUUUUUGAUGGGACCCUUCAAGCAACUCAAGAAAAUGUUUGAAACCACAAGAUUGCUCGCGACAGUUAUUAUGAUUUUGUGUUUCGUGCUUACCCUGUGUGCUGCUCUCUGGUGGCACAAGAAGGGGCUGGCCUUACUAUUCUGCAUAUUGCAGUUCCUGUCGAUGACCUGGUACAGCCUGUCCUACAUCCCGUAUGCGAGGGAUGCCGUCCUGAAAUGCUGUUCCUCCCUCCUGGGCUAAACCCCAGCAACUUCACAAAGGGGCUUGAAGUUGCUGCUGUUCUGGGUGGAACAUGUUUUCCUGAUACGUGGCCACUCCCUGCCCACUGCAGUGCCAGUCGGGACGCCUGUGCCCUGGUGAAGUCGCGAGCUCGAUACACUGCAGGAUGCUUGUAACGCUAGAUUCUGUGUCAUUAAUACUCUUCCAGACACAGGGAGAGCUUAAUCAUCGCCCAUUGUGAAUGACUUUUAGCCAGUCUUUUAAUCUUUUCUAAACAGCAUUUGAGAUGUGAAUAUUUAAGGAUAAAUCUGUGCUGUGCCAUAUAGUCAACUUUUUUGGUUCUUCUAAAAUAUCUAGACUUUAAAAAUACUUUUAAAAAAAAUACUUUAAAUGUGAAAAUUUUUACUUUAAACUAAAAAUUGUUUAUUAUAUGUAAUAAAAAUAAUAUAUAAAUCUUUACACUUUUGAAAUAAACCCGUUCUUGGAAAAA